AUGACUAAAAUAACUUCCACAAAUGACCUAGAUCGCCUUCUUGAGUUUCUGCAAGAUGAAGUGGAAGGAGAAGAAAGAAUUUUGAUUGCCACCAGAGGUUUUGAGCCGUGUAAAAAGACAAAUCAUUUUAAUAACCGCAAAGAAAAACAUUUGACAUCGAAUAUAAAUAAGAAAUUAUGCAUAUUUUGUUCUGAGGAACAUAAAUCUUGGAACUGCAAGAAGGCUGCUAAUUUGACUUUGCAAGAAAGACAAGGUGCUGUUGAAAAUAAACGUUGUUGUUUUCUAUGUUUGAGAGAUGGACAUGGAGUGAAAACGUGCCAUUCAAAAAUGAAAUGCCAACUGUGUGGGAAAAAACACCAUUUAUUUUUAUGCCGAACUUUUUCACAGGAGCAUAAUUCUUCGACUCUUAAAAAUAAUGAAAUGAAAGAACCAGUGAUACAGCACGAUGAGGCUGUGGCCAACUUGUCCAAAUCUUCCAAUGCUUUUUUGCAGACCUUGACCGUGUUGGUAAGAGGAGAAAAUAUUAGGCGUACAGCUCGUGCAGUUAUCGACUCUGGAUCUCAAAGACCAUAUAUCCUCAAUGCAACCGCUGAAGAAAUGAAAUACAGUUCCAAACGUAGGGAAUAUCUACAACAUGCAUUGUUCGGUGGAUCUAAUACAUCAACUUGCGGACAUGAUGUGUAUACGAUAUACUUGUCCAGCUGGACGGAAGAGUACAGUUGUCAUUUUGAAGGGCUUGGACAAGCAGUGAUUUGCAACACAAUAUUAGCUAGCAAGCGAGGGCCACAUUUAAAAGAACUUAGAGACCAUGGCAUUCAGCUGGCAGAAGAUAGGGAAGGUCCGAUUGAAAUUCUCAUUGGCGCAGAUAUUGCGGGAAAGUUGAUCACGGGGAACCACCUUCAACUAAAGAGUGGACUUACUGCAAUCGAAACAAAAUUGGGUUGGACAGUCAUUGGUCGUUCAAAUAAUGAGAGUGCAAGUUUUUUAAUUUCUUCAAUGCUGACAACUAGUUCUUGCGAUUUGUGGGCUCUUGACUCACUGGGCAUCACUGAUCCCGCAGAAAAGAAGACAGCGAUUGAAUUACAGGAGGCAGCUAAGCAAUAUUUCUUAGACACAGUUAAGAUUGAGAAUGAUAGAUUUUUAGUUAGUUUACCUUGGAUUGAGGGUCAUCUACCACUUCCUGAUAAUUUUGAGCUCUCUGACAAAAGACUGCAGAAAAUUGUGAGGAGUCUUAAAUCCGAGGGACUGUUUGAGUCAUACGAAAACGUGCUGAAAGAAUGGUUAGCAGAAAAUGUUAUAGAAGAAGUACCAGAAGAUGAAAUUCAACGCUCAGCACAUUAUUUGCCUCAUCUACCGGUUUUAAAGGAGAAUAGCACAACCAAAAUACGUCCCGUUUUUGAUGCUUCCGCAAAGCAAAAAGGUGCUCCAAGCCUCAAUGACUGUUUAGAGAGUGGAAUUAAUCUAAUUGAAUUGAUUCCAAGCAUUUUGUUUCGCUUUCGCUUGGAGAAAAUCGGCGUUAUAUCGGACAUUCGCAAGGCGUUUUUACAAAUUUGUCUUUCCGAUUCUGAUAAAGAUUUUUUGCGGUUCUUGUGGAUUGGAGAAAACGGCCAACUAAAACGCUUUUGUCAUUGUCGCUUAGUAUUCGGUGUAUCGAGCAGUCCUUUUUUACUUGGAAUUGUGAUUAUGCAUCAUUUGCAAAGUGUUUUGAACCGCGGAGAUGAGAAAUAUCCAGAGAAUAUGAUUGAAUUACUGAUGAAAAGUUUUCAUGUGGAUAAUUGCGUAACAAGUGUGUCAAGUGAACUAGAAUUAAAGCUUUUCAUUGAAGUUGCAACUAAGGCGAUGACUGAAAGAAAAUUCGACCUAAGAGGCUGGGAAUACACAAAUUAUGCUAAAGAAAUCACUCCCAGUACAAAUGUGUUGGGAAUGCAGUGGGAUAAAGAUGCAGAUACUACUUUCUUGGAUCAAAGAGAAGAUGCGUGGGGAACCUUUGUUCAGAAUCGUGUCUCCGAAAUCAGAACUCUGACUUCCAAAGAGAACUGGCGACAUGUACCCGGAGCUUUAAACCCGGCUGAUCUUCCGAGCAGAGGCUGCUCUGCUAAGAAAAUUAUACAAUCAAGAUGGUGGGAGGGACCUGAUUGGCUGUAUUUAUGUGCUGAGAAAUGGCCUUCCGCAGAGUUUGUUGCGAAUGAGGAUGAAAUCCUCAAGGAAAAGAAAAAAACUCUUGUGUCAUCCACAAUUACCUCUUUGAUAGCUCAGAACAACAAUGUAAAUGCUGGCUGGUACUAUCAUUACUUUUCAAAGAACGAAAAAAUUAUACGUAUGAUAGGCUGGAUAUUGAGAUUUGUGGGAAAUUGCAGAAAAACAAAAGAACUGAGAAAACAAGGAAGUCUUGAUGCAGAGGAAUUUUCUGAAGCUGAGAAGAGAGUAAUAAAGAUUAUUCAAAGAGAAACAUUCUUAGACGAGAAGGAUGUAAAACUGAAAACACUAAAGGUGUAUAAAGAUGAAGAUGAUAUCAUUAGAUUAAACACAAAAAUCAUCUAUCGAGAAGACAGUCAUACCUUUACAAGACCUGUGAUUCUCCCUUCGCAGCAUCACGUGGUGAAACUUUUAAUAUUUUCUUUUCAUAAAAGGUAUGGACAUGUGGGAACGCAAAUGUUACUUAAUCUUCUGAGAGAACAUUUCUGGAUAUUAAAUGGAAGAAAGAUUGUGAGAUUAAUCAUUUCAAAAUGUGCUACGUGCAAGAGGCAUUCUGAGAAAAGUUUAGAUGCAGACGUAGCCCCCAUAACCAAAGACCGUAUACGAGAUGCUUCCGUGUUUGAAGUAGUUGGGAUAGACCUGGCCGGCCCAUCAUAUUUGAAAGAUGGAAAAAAGGUUUGGGUUUGUCUUUUUACCUGUGCGGCAUAUAGAGCCGUGCAUUUUGAACUUGUGUCCGAUAUUUCGACUGAUACCUUUUUGUUGGCUCUGCGUCGAUUUGUGGCUAGAAGAGGGAGAUGCACAGUAAUCUAUUGUGACAAUGGCACCAAUUUUGUCGGUGCAUAUAAUUUGUUCAAAACCCUGGGCUUGAAUAGAAUCAUCGAGGACGGAUCUGUUAAUCGAAUUCAGUGGAAAUUCAAUCCUCCAACCGCCUCUUGGUGGGGAGGUUGGUGGGAGCGUUUAGUUCGAGUUAUGAAAAAUGUAUUGAAGAGAGUGAUAGGUCGUGCUUGCUUGACGUAUGAAGAAAUGAGCACGGUUCUUUGCGACUGUGAGUCCACUAUCAAUUCAAGACCACUGACAUACGUUUCGGAGCAGGAGUCAGAGUUUGUUCCUCUGUCUCCAUCACUAUUCCUUCAAGAUAUAAAGGAAACUGGAAUGCCAGAUUGUGAUGCUGCAGAUCACAAACGCCUUAAUAAAAGAAUAAAAUAUCGACUUGCACUUCAGAAAGGUCUUAGGAAAAGAUUCAAAUCUGAAUAUUUAGGAUCUUUAAUCCAAAGACCUAAAGAACAAAAACGGUCAGCAAUAUCUGUUGAAGAUGUCGUUCUCAUUGGCAGUGACAAUCAAAAACGCAUUAAUUGGCCCCUGGGAAGGGUGAUAGGAAUUAUUCCUGGAAGAGAAAGAAUUAAGAGACUCGUGAAACUUAAAACAGCCCGUGAAGAAAUAUUGAGGCCGAUUCAACGGUUGUAUCCACUUGAGAUCACGAAUGGAAUAGCUGAGGAUAUUCAAGCUUAA